GACGAGGAGGGAAGUGUGCAAAAAAGACAACAUGGAGCUAAAAGGAGGCAGCGGAGUGGCGGUCGUCGACGUUGUCUUUUUCUAACUUCGUUGGUGGUGUUGGACCACGCGAAUUGAACGUCGCGGGAUGUUACCUCUGACGGGCCACUAAGGACAGAAAAUGAAAACGGCAGGGUGAACAGCCACACAAAAAGAUCAGAUAUGACAAAAAAAUAGCAUUUGUGCAGACUUGCAGUUUGAACAUAUUUUGGACAAAAAGAAUCACAACAUGAUUUAUUGAUGGAAUUUCUACUGCCUUUGUUAGGCCAGCUUCUGUAAGUAAAGAGGAUUUUUACCAAGAAAGCCCCUCUUCCUGCAUUCACAUCAAACCAAUUUAGAUGUCAACAUGGACUGUGGAGAGAACAUCCCGCCUCUAGAUGAAGAUCUCAAAUCAAACCGCUUGAAUCUCAAUGGACUAUACCAUGUGGGUCGGACGUUGGGAAGGGGCCACUAUGCUGUGGUCAAACUGGCUCGCCACGUCAACACUGGGCAGCUGGUUGCUAUCAAGAUGAUUGACAAGACCAAACUUGAUGUCAUGGCAACAAGCCACCUCUUACAGGAAGUCAGAUGCAUGAGGCGGGUUCAACAUCCCAAUGUAGUUCGCCUUUAUGAGGUCAUUGACACACCCACCACCCUUUACCUGGUGAUGGAACUGGCGGAGGGGGGUGACUUGUACGAUUACAUCCUCCGCCAUGAAACGGGCGUUGCCGAGGGCACUGCCAAACGCCACUUUGCCCAGAUUGUGCGCGCCGUGGCUUAUUGCCAUGAGCUCCACGUGGUCCACCGAGACCUGAAGCCAGAGAAUGUGGUGUUCUUUCCUCAGCAGGGGGCAGUGAAACUGACAGACUUUGGCUUCAGUAACUUAUUCAAACCUGGGACAAUGUUGGCCACCAGUUGUGGAUCCUUGGCAUAUUCUGCACCUGAGAUUCUGCUAGGAGAAGAGUAUGAUGCUCCAGCUGUGGAUAUCUGGUCCCUGGGUGUGAUCUUGUAUAUGUUGGUCUGUGGGGUUCCUCCUUUCCAGGAGACCAACGACAGCGAGACUCUGGUGAUGAUUCUUGAUUGUCGUUACUCCAUCCCUGAACGCGUCUCAAGCGACUGCAGAGAUCUGAUCUCAAGGAUGCUCCAGAAGGAUCCUUCUCUGCGAGCUUCGCUGCAGGAGAUUGAGGCUCAUCACUGGCUACAGGGACUGGACAAUGUGCUGCUCAGCCCAGAGGCCCCUCCCCAUUGGCUGUCGGGGGCCCUCUCUUCAACCUCACCCCUCUCCCGAACGGUCGAGUCUGGCGACCUGCUCGCUGCCAAGUCGCAGUCCUUACCGGCGCCGCGGCAGGUUAACUUCACCUACUCCCUCCACCCGCCCCCCGUCGAGGAACCCCCCGUCACCAAGAACCUCCCUGCUCUCCUUCGGAUCUGUGAGGAAGAAGAAGAAGAAGAGGAAGAGGAAGAAAGUAACCUGGCCAAAGAGAGUGAAGGUUUGUUGUCACUGUUGGUAAGUGAACCACAGAAGGACACUGAAGUUGCGCUCGAAGGAGCGGACAAUCAAGAGGAAAGGGUUGCCAAGCUAGGGAGAAUAGAGGAGAUGUUAGUGGAAGAUGAGGACAAAGCGGAGACAGAAGUAGAACACACACGCAGCGCUUGUGUGAUUUCAUACCAACCAGUCGGUCACGCUGACAAUCUCGUAAGCCCCGCUCCUGAACCCCCCGCUCCUCGCGAAGCCGAGACCGGUUUGAGGGUCCCCUGCUGUCAGGGCUGGACGGAACCAGCCAGCCCAGAGAAAGCCCACCACCGAGAACCAGAACCAAACAACAACAGAUCUGCCGCCUGCGCGACAUCUCAGAAACAAAAAACAAGCCGCAUCGGGAAAAAGGACCAGAGGACGGACACGGGCGCAAGGAACGACUUUGUGACGGACAGAUCCCAGUCCCACAACGCAACGGGGUCCUGGGACGAGGGCGCUGCCAGGGUGGAGCCUGCUGGGAAACGGCACAGCCUCAAGCUGCGCGAGCGACUCUUCCAGCUGCCGCUGUGUGAGAAAGCGCUGGCCUUCAACAUCCCCACAAACAACAAAGCCAAGAUCCUCCCGCUGGCUCAGUACAACUGUUGCCAUGUGCUCUGAAUGACACCGCUUGAGACACACAAACACACGCUCCCAGCCGACUGAACGUGGUGACCACAGGAGACUUUCAAAGUGCACAGUGCACACUGAGUGAAAACACGGUUUUAAAGCUACUGUUUGUCGACAGCACCGUGACUUUAGUGUAGUACAUCAUCCACGUUGUUGCCUGGUGAAGCACUGAGCGCACAACAACGAGCGAGCACACUGUAACCGCGCUGAAGAAGAGAAGAAAAUGGUCUCGAUGAAUCCACAGAUAAAAAGCACUUGUUUCUUCUCCUUCCCUUUGCACAACUCGCUUCUUUUGUUUCAAAACCUCUAAAUAUAAGCUGAGAGACUGUUAAUAUAUGUUAUAUGCUAUACGCUCUAAUAUGCCUCAGACUGAGAUGAUUGUAUCAUUCUCCGUCCUCUCAACGUUCAGUCCAUCGAUCACUCUGCCUCAUCCUUUCUUGUUGUCGUGACAACACUUAAGUAUUUGGGAUGUACGGAUUUAUCACUCAUCGUCAUGGGAACCAUGUGACUAGCUGUGCAUGCUAUUGUUAUUUCUCACCAUAUACCUCCAGAUUGUGUCUUGGUUAUGGCACUGCUGUUGUCCUUUUGUUACAUUGAACGCACAUAAUACUACUGUUCCUCUAGGAAUUAUGUGUUCCCUAUAAGCAGAGGAGAAACUCCAUGCGGAUUUGUUUUUUCCAUGUACGGUAUAUUCUUGUGUAGUUUCACAUCCACUCAUGUCUUAUUUGAAGUUGAGAUGAUAAAUGUAGAUACAUUUUGUACAGUGACAAGGGCCAAAGCUGUAGAAUAAGCUACUGUACAUACACUAUAUAGUUCUCCUGUAGCCUGCAGUGCAGCUAAUGUGUUUCCUUCUGCAGUUAAAUGCUUAAAUCAUGGAUGAUAUCCAAGCAAGAGUGAAACCUAUUAUCAUUUGUAUUUCAGCAAUGUAAGCCUAUAAUUUGGACCAAUAACGGAUUAUUUUUCAUAUUUCUCGCAUGUGACGACAAGUCGCACCUGCCAUAAAAUACACAUUGAAGAAGAAAAAAUAUAUAUAUAUGUGACACUGGAGUAUAAGUCGCACUUUGGGAGGUAGACCGCAUGAAAAAUGUUAUUCAUAAUAGCAGGGGUCUCCAAACCGGUCCUUGAGGGCCGCUGUGGGUCCUGGUUUUUGUUCAUACCGAUCAAGCACAGAGCUUUUAACCAAUGUAGUGUGUACUAAAACAAGGAGCACCUGACAGCAAUCAACUGACUGAAUCAACACUUGUAAAACACCAGAUAGGUGAAAAGGUGUGGUCUUGUUUUGUUGGAGUGAAAUCCUGCACCCACUGCGGCCCUAUGUGGAAUAGUUUGGAGACCAUUGCAUUAUAGAAAUGAAAUGGAGAACAACACGCUACAUGCUAAAUCUGCAUCUACUAAUGUAACAUUUUUUUGUUUUUAAGAUAACCGUAGUCUAACAACACAGCUUAACAAUUUAAUUUUAUAACUCGAUCUCAUUCCAAAUCUCUACCAAAUCUAUUAUUGUCUUCAUCUUCAGUAUCACUUCUGAACAACUCCACCUACUCUGGUAGUAGAGGGCAAGCCUAGAUCGCCCUUCUUGUGGUUGUCAAUGUUGGGGGAGAAAAAAAUACAAGUUGCAACUGAAUAUAACUUGCAAGCCCAGCCAAACUAUGAAAAAGAGUGUGAUUUUAUACUGUAUUCUGGAAAAUACAGUACCGUAUUUUUCUGACGAGGCACAACAAAAAUUGGCAGUGCAACAGAGGUGGCUGUAGUAGCAAAAAAAAUUUUACUGAAAAGUAGUGUUACUUCUAAUUAAUAUUACUGAAGUUUAAGUAGUCAUCCAAAAAUUUACUCAAGUACAAGUAAAAAUGUAUUCGUUGAAAAGAAUACUCAAGUAAUGAGUAACAUUGUGAGCAUCAGCUUACAAUGUCCUUUUUUUUUUUUUUUUUUUUUUUGGUGUUUAAAUAAUGGUGUAUUUAUUUUCUCGGCCCAAUUCACCUAUAUGAACUGUUAUUAUUAUACUGUACUAUAGCCCAGUGAUCCCCAACCUGCUAGCUUAUAGCCACAUAUUAUGCAGAACGGACCUGGUUGUUGGCUCCUCUUCUGGCUCAACAGGUGGCCCUUUCCCUGUAACAAAAAAAAAAAGAAAAAAGCUGUCCAAUGACAUUGUCGCCGGCAGCACACAGCCAACAGCAGCUGACGUUACUGUUUACAUUGACACUGGACUGCUAAAGGUGUGUAAACACCCCAGUAAUGGCGGCUAACCACUAGAGGGCAACGUACGCAAAUUUCUACUCGGAUUAGUCAAGCGGCACAGGUCAGAUUGCGGUCGAACAAAUGCGCCAUGGACCAAUACCGGUCACCGGCCUGGUUGGGGAUCCCAGGCUGAGCCUAUUACAUGACCGCAUUAUGCCAGUCCUCUGAAUUUGAUGAUUCAAAAAUCAUCAAAUUCAGACCAGAACACUAUGAACAUUACCCGUCCAAAGAGCAUGAUUGAUCUCUAGAGGAGAAAAAACAUUGUUACCGUUGAAUAGAAUAAUGGAGGCAUGUUGCGACAGCUCAUUGGUGAACCUGGUAGAGCUACUGUAGGCAUCUCUGGCAAAAAUAAAGUCAAUAUGUAGAAUAAAGAGGGAAAAUGUAAUGACUACCGUACCCCCAAGUAGUGGAGUAAGAGUAGUGUUUUUUUUCCCACAAAUACUGGACUGUCUCAGGAAAUUAGAAUACACAAUAUUCUAAUUUUUCUCAGGAAAUUAGAAUAUUGUGUAUUCUAAUUUCCUGAGACAGUCCUGUAUAUAUACACAGGACUGUCUCAAAAAAUUAGAAUAUUGUGUAUUCUAAUUUUCUGAGACAGUCCAGUAUACUCAAAUAGAAGUAAAACCUAUGUGUGGUACAACUAAGAAGCACAUUUUUCUCAAGGUUACUCAAGUAAAUGUAACAGUAAAUGUAAUGCGUUACUACCCACCUCUGCAGUGCACUAUAAAAUCCAGUGCGAUUUAUGUAUGGGUUUUAGUUGUGCUUAAUGAGGUCGAGCCUACACUGCUGGCCAAAAGUAUUGGCACCCCUGCAAUUCUGUCAGAUAAUGCUCAAUUUCUCCCAGAAAAUAAAUGCAAUUACAAAUGCUUCGGUAGUAAUAUCUUCAUUGAUUUUGUUUGCAAUGAAAAAUCACAAAAGAGAAUUGAAAAAAAAUUAUCUUUUUACACAAAUGAAGAUAUUACUACCAAAGCAUUUGUAAUUGCAAUCAUUUUCUGGGAGAAAUUGAGCAUUAUCUGACCGAAUUGCAGAGGUGCCAAUACUUUUGGCCAGCAGUGUAUGUUUUUAGAUCACCUGUAUUAUACUGCUCCAAUAAAGUGCUCAAGACGCACAUUCAUCAAACUCAUAAAUACAACAAAUAAAUUAAUAAACAAUAAUUACAAUGUUAAAAGGUGAACAAAUGCAGUACAUUGAUGCACUAAAGCGCCUUACAAUCAGGUGCGCCUUAUGUUUGAAAAUGAACUCAUCCCUUGAUGGUGCGAUUUAUAAUCUGAAAAAUGCGGUCAAUAUAGCCGUUAUUCCUGUACAGUUGCAGCCUGCCUCUCCCUGGUGUGUUACGUAUGUCCGCUGCUUUGUAAUCAUAGGACCUAUAGUCUCUGAAGCAAUGUACUUAUUUUUCUGUAUUUAUUUAUUAAAAUUGAUCCAAUCAGUCCAACGGAUGUGCUCGGUGUCGUUAGUUAAGAAGAAAAAAAAAAACAAAAAAACAGCCAUAUUGACAAGUCUUUUAUUGGGACACAAACUGUGGUCACACCCGCUUUCAAGGAGAUAGUCAAUCUUAGUAAACACUUUCACACGCUAGGCGUAAACACUACUAACUGCUGGAUAGAUGCGGGAUAACUACUUUUUCUUGUAAACAGAGAGAGGCGACUCUGUUAUGCAAUUUUUUGGAAGAAGAACCCUCCCAAGAGUAUGAUUGCCAUAUUCAUUUGCUGUAUGCAACAAUCUGCCAGCACUGAGUAGCAUAAUGUAGCAAAAGGCAAAUUAGCGGUAAUACUGCUGAGUUAAGCAGCCAUCAGAGGCACAAUACAGAGUAUAAAAGCGUUCAACACCACAGCAAAAAGCGGCAUAAGAGCACAGGUGGUCUUUUGGCAUUUUUCCUCACAUUGCUCACAACACUAAUUUUUAACUAUUGCAUAUUGUGUACUUUAAAAAUGGCAGCUGCAGGAUCCACAUUUCAUAUUAUUGGGUGCAAUUUGCAAGUAUCAUGUUCGGAGUCCCCAUUAAAUAAUCUCGUUAGGGAGCUGGCCCAACAUUAGUACCAACUACUUCAGAAUAACCACCAAAGCAAAUAAUGAGCAGUAGUUUAAAGUACUUUGAUAGAUUGAAUUUGGUUUAUAAUUACUGAGAAAGAUUUUUUUUUUUUUUUAAUGUUAACUGCCUAACACUGCUAUAGUAGGCACCUUAUAACAAGAUACUCAUAAAAUCUUGUCAAGAAUACAGUGUCAUCAUAAAUAUUCUGCCUAUCCCAGAUAAAUUAUUCUCUUUAACCACCAACACAAACAUAUGUACAUGAAAUCUCCUUUCCUAUACAACAAGCAGUAUACACUGUACAUUCAGUUUGGAUAAAAUGGUGCAACAAAGAAACAUGAAAUAUUCUAAAUUAUGUUUGAUUUGCAUUUCCAUCAUAUGGCAGGAAUGAGUACAUUGUACAAGCACCAUGUGGCUUACUAGCAAGAAGCUUUGCGGAAUCAAAAAUGCCAUUUGGAACUUUGAAAUUACUACUGCUGUUAAGACUCGCUAGCAACCAUUAAGUGUGUAUUGCCAAUGACCCUUUAAAUUUAAGAGCGGGGGUUACUGGUUAAAAACUUAAAAAUCAAUAACUUAAUCCUGUAUUUGUCAAUGUUAAAACGCCUCGUGGGAACCCUUCCUAAUGGUUAAUAAUUUAUUAGAAACAAAAAAAACACAACAUACUUUUUCUUGUAUACUGUAGCUACUCAUCACUUGAAGUCUGGGUACAAUUCUGCAAUUGAGACAGACACUUGAAAGUCUCAAGGAUUUUUUGGUUUUUUUUUUUUAAUUUAAAUUCCAUAGCAUUUUUUCAUCUAAAGAUGACAAGACAUUUUCCCCUUUUGGAUUUAAAAUAAAUUAUUUUUUAUUUGAAUAAACUAAACAGCCUUUGACUUGAAUCCAAAGUGUAAAAUGGCAUCUUUGAAAGCAUGUAUGAGGAGUAUCUAGGCACAGAAACAUGCUGUUGAAGCUCAAAGAUUCUUCCGUCGUAUCACAUUGCCUCAUAUUUUGAAACCAAUUCAGGACUCCUCAGAAGACAGAUUCUGAAAGAGAGACAAAAAAUCCAUUUCACAUAUGAAACCAAAGCCCCCUAAAAGCUAACUGCAGUGGUACCUUUACUUAAGAACGUUCUACAUACAGAAUUUUCAGGUCGAGACACGCCUCAACGGGAAACUAUUGCCAAAAGAAAUUUCAGGAUACGAAAGGCAAAAAUUCAGUAUGAGUGGUACUCACAGCUACCAGAGUUUACUGAACAUAACAUACUUAUAGAUGCUCCACCAUUGGCUAUUACCGAGCAUUCCUGGCAUCUAAUUGGCUAAGGCAUUUAUUUAUGCUUCUGCGUUCCGGUGACAGCGGCACGACGGCAUAAGGAACGCGUUCCUCUGUAAUUCACCGCCAAGCCACUAGAGGGGUGUGGGGUGUUUUGGGGCCGGUCGUCCCCAACCGCCAGGCCGCAGACCGUUACCGGUCCGUGGCGCAUUUGCUACCCGGCCGCACAGAAAUAAUAAUUUAUUAACAACUGCAUUCUGGCCAAAUUAACUUUGGCCUGUGCUCAUUAACACACCAAUAUCCCUGUCUACUCUAGAUAUACGUAAUACUACAGGAUAGAAUGUCAUCAUAGAAAUCCAUUGAUUGGACUGCUAGCAGUACAUCUUGUUUUGAAUAUGGCGGAAAACAGACAAGACUGAAAAAGCAGUUUCUGCUCUUGCACUCCUCUUUAAAAGAAACUGCUGCAUUUUAAGCCAAAACAACUGUUGUGUUUGACAGAACAAUAUGUCUAUAUGCUGCCAUAGCAGAUUCAUGGUGCAUGAAGCCCCCGAACUAUUUUUAAUUAGUCCAUUUUACCCUGGAAACCCCCGUUUACAGACGUCGCACAGCCGCUUUUGUUUCAACUCAGCCAAAAAACAAAGGUAAUUAUUUAUAUUUAUUAUUCAAAAUGUCUGUCAUUUUUCACUUAGAAUCAUUAAUUGAUGUCUAAUAUUUUGUUUUAAAAAAAAAAAAAAAACUUUAAAAAAUUAUUCACUGACAUAUUUUAAACUUUUAAAUAAAUAACGUCACAAUGAAAAAAAUGGCGUCCGUAAAAAAGUCUGCCUCAUAACUAGCGAUUAAUUGUAUUUUUUUUGUUAGUCGCAUUUUCUCCGACAUGUUAGAUGAUGAAUAAUUUGGUCCAAAAAAAGAAAAAUAGAAAAAAAAAACUUUUAAAAGGGUAAAUAAAUGAAAAAGAACAUCUCGACCACUCCUUGAUGUCUGUAAUUUCUGCAUCGUGACCCUUGUUAUAUUACAAUGUUUCACCCAUGAAAUACCCAAAAAAUGCGGCUCUGGCCAUUCACAGCUGUGUCUUGACACUCGGUGAUACAAGCUACAUGGAGUUUUUGGAUCGAAAAGAGGUAAGUACGCGAUAAUAUCUUGCUAAAAUUGUGGCGUCUUUAAUUCUGCUUUUGCGUGCUCUCACCUCCAGGUAGGGUUUUGCUGUUUAAAAAAAAUUUUGUUUUCAAAAUGCCCUUCUGUUCAAAAUGUUUCUUCUCCCAGAAAAUUGAGAUUUUAAGCUUUCAAAUGAUGUAUCACACAUGCAUAUAGGAAAAUUUUAAAUUUGACAAAAUUGGGGGUCUCAGAGCGGAACUUCAAGUCACCUGAAUGUUUUCCGUCAUAUCUAUGUGCGCUUGUCCUCGAUAAUAACGUGGUGUAUGACGUAGGGCGGACACAUCACAUUUGUUCUUGGAAAUAAUUAGCCCCAACACAAGAAUGACUGAAAAAAAAAAGACGUCUUUGGACAGAUUUUUUACGGGGAAAAAGGCACCUGACGAGCCAGAAGAUGAGCCUACAACCUCGAAGAAAACAAAAUCUACGCUACUUCCCAAUCACUAAAGACCCACGAACUGCGAAGGAGUGGAUUCGUGACCCGUUUGUGAAUAACCGAAUGAUUUGAGCAUGUCUAUGCAACAGAAGGAUCAGCUUGUAGAAAUUGCAAAUGACUGUGACCUUAAACGUACUGUACCGGAUUAAAGUCAUUCCGGAAUAUCCUGACAUCGCUAAGAGAGCGCUACCGUGCUACAAUUUCAAACACUGUAUCUUUGUAAAGCGGGCUUCUCUCACCUUCCCAUCACAACUAGAUGGGACCAUCUCGUCUCAACGAAACAAGCUCAGGCCUCCCACUGAUUCAGCGGGUGAGUUAUAUUUUCCCUGCACUUAACACAACGGGGCUAAAAACAAAUGUUAUUUUAUAUUUGCUGUAUUUUUCUGCCGCACAUUGCCAGUGUUCUGACAAAUUUUGCAUGCGCGUAACGUUAAAAAUGGCCGCGAAUGCAGCAAUUCCAAAGUAAACACUACAAACUUUCUUUAAAGAAAGGAAUAUUAACUUAGGUUUGAUCAUGGAUGGUAGAAUAGAGCUUUUUCACCGCCACAAAAGCUUUUGGAGCAAAAUUUUAUAAAGGUGCAAAAUUUGACAGAGCACCAGUCCGUGACAAAAAGACCCAAAUCACACAGCUCCGUGAUACAAAAACGGUUGGGGAGCC